UAGUUCUCAGAUAAAAUACAAGUGCUGAUUCAUGAGAAGGAAUCUGGGUGAAAGGAAGUCUAAUGCAGAGUGGGGGUUUUUCCCCUCAGAAUUAACAGCUUUUAUGUAGUGUUUAAAAUUUGCACUGAUUUUUUUGGGAGGUCCUUUGCAGGUUUAGGUUUAUUAACCACCUGUGAAAAUGAGGUACAUGGAGUCCCAACAAACAGUUGUGUGGUACCAGUGUUCCAGUGAUUUACUGUUUCUUUUGUUUUAAAGGUUACUGCUUCACCAGUCAGCUUUGUGCAACUGCUGACAAGCUCCUACUGAUUGUGGAAGCAGCACAGUUUGGAUGUAAAACCCUCAGCAAACAGCUUUGUGGCUUGUCCUUAAUUUGGCAAAUUAAGGUUUUGAGAUGUCUAAAAAGAAACCCAAAAAAUCUAGCCGGGAGGAUGGUUUGGAUGACUUGGACAACAAAAAAUCUGGAGGGACAGGAAUUUCUAAUAGUCUUAAAAAAGAGAAGCUAGAAUUUCAAAGAUUCAAAGUCAAUAAUAGUGUGAAAGAGAAGCAAAACCAAAGUUAUGUUUCACAAAGCACUGAUGAAAGAUUUCAGAGGGAGUCUUCAAACAGUACCAAAACCACCAAUGAUUCUUCAAUCCUAUCUGGGAAGCGUGGGAAGAUAACUAUACAAUUUAAGCAUAAAGACACUAAACAUGAAAAAAAUGCCUGUGAUUCUGGUGUGGCCCCUGAUAGCAAGAAAAGCUGUAACAAAGACCGGCACUUUGAGGGAAGAGGAGAGAGAAAGAUACGGCCUAGUUUUGCUGUCCAAAAGGACAAGCUAAUGAAGAAGAAGAAAGAGAAAGCUGAGCUCAACAAACUGAAGGCUAGAGUUGAGCAGACUAUGUUGGAAAAGUUCACGACUGCUGCAUGUCAGCCUCAUCUACUAAGAAAGAAGUCUUACAGCUCAAAAAAAUGCAGUGAUGAUUUCAGAAUUCCAAAAAAGUCUUCUACCUUUCCAGAGACUAAGGUUGAUGGCCCCCCCAGUAAUGCAUCGGGCUCAUCUUUUGCGAUAUGUAAGGAAGAAAGUCUAGGAAGCUGCAAAGAAUUAGCUAACAAAAAUCAUAACGCCAUUAAAUAUAAACCAUCAUGUUAUUCGACUGAAAUACCUAAACGAUGGGAAUAUCAUAAGCAGACAAAACAGCAGGCUGAGUCCAACAAAACUGCUGGUACUUCGAAGACUGAAAAAAGGAACCUUGAAGUUAAACCAUUGCAUUUAAAACAGAGCUUUGAAGUUCCAUGUUCUUCUGCCUCCCCUGAAGCCAGUCUGAAUUCAGAGACAGACCAAGAGAUGCAGAUAAUAGAAGACUUGCAUGCUGCUCGUAUUGACAGAAAGAUGGUUUUGCCAGUUGUACAGACUUGUGGAGAGCUAACCAGUAUGGAAAUAGAUCUUCCAGAACAAGAUGCAAAUAUUUCUGCUGCAGAUACGACUUCUGGUUUGAACCUUUUGAUAGUGAUUGACACCAACAUAAUGAUUAGUCAUCUAAAGUUUAUCAGGACUCUGAAAACGGAAGAUAUACCAGGGGUUGGCAGACUUGCAUUGAUAAUUCCCUGGGUGGUUCUACAAGAACUGGACUACUUGAAGAAAGGGAAGAUGGUCCAACAUGUUCGAGACAAAGCUAUCCCUGCAGUUCAGUUCAUCUACACUUGUCUCAAAAACCAAGAUUCAAAGUUGUGGGGACAAUCUAUGCAGCUUGCUUCUCAAAAAAUAUAUGGCUUGAGUGAUGAAAACAAUGAUGAUCGUGUUUUGCAAUGCUGUCUGCAGUACCGUAGCCUCUUCCCUCAAGCUGUUGUCAUACUGUGCACGGAUGAUAAAAAUUUAUGCAACAAAGCUCUGGUGAGUGAAGUCAAGGCAUUAUGCAAAACAGAUUUGGUUGCUGCACUCCGGAACCUCAAUGCGAACAAUCUGAAUAGCCAUCAGGACAUCCCGCAGCAGUCAGAAACUGAUGCUGUUUCCCAAGAAGCAAAGAAGGAUUUUAACCUUCCUGAUCCAUUCUCAAGCAUUAUUCUUAACCUUGAAAAAAGCUUAGGGGAAGCUUUGUCUUCUAUUUUGGAGACUGAAAUGAAAAUCGCCUUUGGAAACCUUUGGAUGGAGAUACUGUACCUAAAACCCCCAUGGACACUAGCAGACUUGCUACAGUGCUAUAAAAAACACUGGUUUGCUGUAUUUGGACAGGUUGUGCCAAGGAGAUUAUUUGCAACUAUUGAAUACCUACACAAUCAUCUUUGUAAGGGAAAAAUGAUUGAUUCCUUAAUAGCUGGUACCCUGCUCCGGGAAUCCAAAAAACUAUUACAUGCUUUCAGCUCAAGAUCAGACUAUGAUGGUGUACUUCCCCAGGCUUUUACUCAGGUGAAUAAACUGCUCCAGUCAUUUGAAGAGGAUGGGUCAGACCAUAACCAUAAAUCAGAAGCCCCUGAAGAAGUUUCAGAGAAUGCUGCAUGUGAAAAAAUGGAAGAUGUGACACUACACCAGCAGACUUGUGAAGAAGGCAAAUCAUUGUCAGAUGCCCAGCUGGCCCGAGAUAACAGACAUCUAGAAAUCUGGUCUGUGCUUGAAAGUGUUUGGAAUACGAUAAACCUGUACAGUAUCGACAUUUUCCAGAAGUUGAACCCAAGUAUUAUCAGCACCAUUGCAAAGACAUCAUUUGAAGAAGCUUUCUUAGGUCUACAGAAAUUGAUGGCAGCUGUGAAUGAUAUUCUUGAUGGCAUUCGUAGAAUCUUGACUCCAAACAGCAAUUUUGAAGAUAUUUGGACUCUCUAUAACUUCCUAACUAGUAAUGAGAUAAACAGCAGCAUAAAAUUUACUGCUGAGGAACUCUACGACUGUGUUUCACAAGAAGUAUACAGAGAGAGGCUAACAGUUGGAUGCUAUCAACUAGCUCAGCUGGAAGCUGCUAUUAAACAGUGCAAUGCAUCUGUCCACAUAGAGGUGAAGAACAGAGGCUGGCUGUGAUUCUACAGUUCACUGACUGCAGGCUUUGGGCUACAAUGUUCUCUCCCUUCUCUUUCAAAUCUCUCUGCUCUUUGUUCGAAAAGAAUGGAAAAUAUUUUUGUUAACAGAACAACGUCUCUUCCAGUUUUUCUCAUGGUCCUGUUUAAAAAAAAAAAAAAAAAAAGUAGUAUGUUUGAGGCAACUCCUGGAACUAGCUGAGCAGAAAGAGGGGAUUUCGUUGCUGGUCAACAGAAAUAGAGCAUUGGUUGUCCGAAUUUCCUUAAGAAUGUGUCUGAGUUCAUGAUGCAAUGUUAAAAGGUGCCUUUGAGAUACAACUUGGCAUACAAAUUCUGUUAAACUAGUUGUUUAAAGAUGUAAAUUUAAAAAAAAAAUGAGUUGAUACAUUUUCAUAUUUCUAGGACCUGUAUGUCACUGAAACUAGUACAAAGGACCAGAGCAUAAGUUUAACUCCUUUUCCUUAUAAAGAACAAGAUCACAUGUAUGGUGCAAGACCUAAAUGGAGACCAUAGGCCCAACGUGUAAAACACCAGUGUUACAGGUUAAUAUUUUAUGUCAAAGCCAUUCUACUUGCUACCUAUUACACAUUAUUAGAAGACAACCUUUCAUUUUAGCUGUCUGCUCUCACACUUAACCAAAUUACCUUUUUUCCCCAUGAAUGCUUUGAACUUUCCCCCUUAGGAUCCUAUCUUCAGCUACAGUAAAGUGGUAAUCUCUUGUGCUGUUAUAUCAUGUAGGCAAAAUUAAAGAGGGGAUAAAGGAUAGAAAAACAAGAUGUGGUCAGUCUUAAAAUGAUCUAUUCUUUCUCAAUUCUGAAUUGUAUUAAUGAAUUGUCCAGAAUAUUAAGCCUGUCAUUUCUUGUGUGCGCUAGCCUCAGACUGAUGCAGAUCUUAUCCCCUAUUUCACUCACAAUUGAUUAUCAGAUUUUUUUCACAUUCAAUUUCAGAUGCAUAGGUUGAUGGUUAAGCAGGCCUAUUGGUAAGAGCAUGCAUGCUGGCUAUUAAUACAUAGCAGCUGGUGGGUGGUAGACCCACCUUCCAGUAGUGUGUGGGAACUUUUGCCUGUGCAAGAGAAAUGGGUUUUAAUUACUUACCCUGUGACUUCCUAAGUCUUACUAGGCAUCCAGUGCAGUGCCUAGCAUGGUGGUAAUUUGGGUGGUCUUUUAAUGAUAUUUUCCUGGAAAAGUCUUCCCUCUUCCAGUUCAUCUUAAUGACACAAAUUCUUUUAACUUUGCAGUUUACCUUCAGAUGAUUUGCCUUACUGCCCUUUACUUAAUGUCUUUGAAUAUCAGGUGAGAACUUUCUGAAAGUAAUUUUGAAUGAAAUUUCUCUAAAACCACUUAAUUUAAACACUAGGUGUUACUUUCGGCCAUUAAAGCUACCUCUGUAUUUGUUUUUUGUAUAGAGAUGACAGAUGCAAUGUGUAAUUGUAUCAGUUAUUUUGAUAUUUUAAUUCUUAAAUGGUUUUGUAAAAUCUUUAUUGGAAGAAUAUAUUUAUUAAGAGUAUGUAAAUAAACUACUGUAAAUUCUAAGCUGCUUAAUAUACCAUCUUUCUUUAACUAAAGUAUAUCUAGUCACCA